UUGAUAAGGAUUCGAAAUUUCAAACUCAGUUCUUGGGGUUUGUUUCCGCGUUAAAUUCUUCUUCUUCUUCUUCGUAUCUGCAAUUUCUUACUAAGAAACCUCAAUCUUCUUCCGUCGACUUCUUUUCUGGGCUCUAUUCGCUCAUUCAGGUCUGCAAUCUACUUGAUUGAUGGAAAUUGGACUUGAGGAGUUCUUAGUUUUGGAUUUCUGCAGGAGAAUUUUUCAGGUCUGAUACAAUGUUUGGUUUGAAGAAACCCCGGGAAAGGCUUUACAAACAUAAACCGGCUGAUUCUGGGUUUCACUCAUCUUCCAAAUCAAAUCCUUUUGAUUCAGAUGAUGAAUUGGAUGAUGAUAAAUACACCUUGAAGCCAUCAAAUAGGAUUUCCCCUGAACCUUCUGUAGCCGCUAAGAAUCUCAGCUUGAACCCUUUUGAUGGUGAUGAUGACGAUGAUCAUGAGGCCAAGAAAAGAUUCACUUCGUCAUCGAAACAAUUGUUGACUUCGGAUGCAAAGAGCCGGUACAGGAAUGGUUUCCGUGAUUCAGGAGGUGUGGAGAACCAGACGGUUCAGGAGCUUGAGAGCUAUGCUGUGUACAAGUCUGAGGAAACAACGAAAACCGUACAAGGGUGUCUGAAAGUGGCACAAGGCAUAAGAUCAGAUGCUACCAGGACUUUGGUCAUGUUGAAUGAGCAAGGCGAGAAAAUUACAAGGACACACCAAAAGGCUGUUGAUAUUGAUCAUGAUCUUAGUCGGGGUGAGAAGCUACUUGGGAGCCUCGGAGGCAUUUUUUCAAGGACUUGGAAGCCAAAGAAGACUCGUUCCAUAGCUGGUCCUGUCAUAACCAGAGGUGAAUCCCCCAAGAGAAGAGUUAACCACCUAGAGACUAGGGAAAAGCUGGGGUUGAACCAUUUACCCAAACCAAAAUCAAGAACCCGUGAACCACUCCCUGAAUCCGCUGAUGCCUAUCAGAAAUUAGAGAUGGAGAAAGCAAAGCAAGAUGAAGGACUUUCAGAUUUAAGUGAUUUACUCGGCGAGCUGAAGAACAUGGCUCUUGACAUGGGAACUGAAAUCGAAAGGCAAAACAAUGGACUUGAUCAUCUUCAAGAUGAUGUCGAGGAGCUCAACUUCAGAGUGAAACAAUCUAAUCAACGGGCUCGCCGUUUACUCAGGAAGUAGAAGCAGUCAUAACUCUUGUGUUAAGAACCUAGCUCGUCAGCUUCUCCAUUCUGCUGAUGAAUUUGUUUCUUUAAGUCAAACAGAGGUUUCAAUAUUUUAGUUCUGAUCUUAAUAAAGUUGUAACAUUUGACUCCAACAAUUGCAGAAUCCUGUGAAAUUAACAGACAAUGACAGUAGUUGCAACAUUUGAUUCCAAAGCUUCAGUUUGAAAUAAAAAAUGAA